AUGACUACAACAUCCCCUGAAAUACCCUCUCAUCAUGUCGAUGAAACGGGAGUGAACAAGUCCAUUACGAUACAUGGAUGGAAAAUUACGACCACUUCUACUUCAAUCUCCAAUGCUUCCGAGCUUGAUUCUUUGCAGAGAGAACUCGAUCUGACACUGCCAGAGAUGACCUUUGGCCAUAAUUCUGUCGUUCUGAGCCACGAGGCGUCUGGAUGGACCUACACAUUUGACACCAAAGGAGCCCUGAAGCAGGUGUGCAAUAAGGAACUGGGACCAGGCGAUGGAGGAGUGAAAGUAGGACAUGCGGAGGCUUGGGCAAGCACAAGGACUGUGCCCAAUUCACUCACUCCUGUUUCUGAGAUGACUGUCGCGAAACCGUAUGACUGGACGUACACUACAAUGUAUGCUGGGCAUGCUUCCACAUCCACACCCCAAUGGCUACCGGCUGAUCCUGAAGAUUCGUCACAGUCAAUACCAAUGGCCACCUUGACAAAGCCGGACCCGAUCCUGUAUUAUGCAGCCACGCAGCUGUUCGAAGACGAGCUACACGACAACGGAGCUUCCAUGUACAUCAUUCGAGUUCGUGUAAUGCCGACAUGCUUCUUUCUUCUUGGCCGCUUUUCGCUUCGAGUCGAUCACGUGUUAUUUCGGCAGCACGAUACCCGGCUCUUUCAUGAUUUCUCCUCCAACAUGCUGAUUCGAGAAACGGCCGGAUGGGAGGCUCCAUAUGAAACCAUACGUGCGCGCCUGCCGAACCCAGAUGACCGCACGAGGUUGACGGACACCCAAUGGGUGGCCAGCAUUUUCAAUGAACUGCCCACGAGAAUCACCCAGAACAAGCGCUCGGGUGGAGGAACGGGAUGGCGAGGAUUGACACGGAGAGUUGAGACCAUACUGUUGGGUCGGGAUACCCAAGAGAUGUAG